GCAGCUUGAAACACAGACCCAGAUCUCAGGAGAUGCCCCACACAAACAGCACUAAAAUCACAGAAUUCAUUUUACUGGGGCUCACAGAUCGCCCAGAACUCCAGCCUCUCCUCUUUGUCCUGUUUCUGUUUAUUUACCUUGUCACCGUCUUAGGCAACAUGGGCUUGAUGGCUCUGAUUAGACUGGAUUCCCGCCUUCACAAGCCUAUGUACUUCUUCCUCAGUAACUUGGCAUUUGUGGAUCUGUGUUAUACCUCAACAGCCACCCCACAGAUGUUGACCAAUUUCUUAUCAGAAAAGAAGACAAUUUCCUUCAUUGGCUGCUUUAUCCAGUGCUACCUUUUCAUUGCACUUCUCCUUACAGAGUUUUAUAUGCUGGCAGCCAUGGCCUAUGACCGCUAUGUGGCCAUAUGCAACCCUCUGCGUUACAGUGUGAAAAUGUCCAGGCGAGUCUGCAUCUGCUUGGCCAUGUGUCCUUAUAUCUAUGGCUUCUCAGAUGGACUAUUCCAAGCCAUCUUGACCUUCAGUAUGACCUUCUGUAAAUCCAAUGUCAUCAACCACUUCUACUGUGCUGACCCACCACUUAUUAAGCUAUCUUGCUCUGAUACUUACAAAAAAGAACAUGCCAUGUUAAUAUCAGCUGGUUUUAAUCUCUCCAACUCCCUUACAAUCAUCCUGGUGUCCUAUGCCUUCAUUAUUGCUGCCAUCUUAAGGAUCAAAUCAGCUGAAGGAAGACGCAAGGCAUUCUCUACUUGUGGUUCCCACAUGAUGGCUGUCACAUUGUUUUAUGGGACACUCUUCUGCAUGUAUGUAAGACCACCCACUGACAAGACUGUUGAAGAAUCCAAAAUAAUAGCUGUCUUCUACACCUUUGUAAGUCCUCUGCUGAAUCCAUUGAUCUACAGUCUGAGGAAUAAAGAUGUAAAGCAGGCCUUGAAAACAAUACUCAGGCAAAACGUCAUCAGGACAGCAUUGAUGCGUCCACCUUCCAACAAACUGCACCAAUAAUUUCCUGAGAAAUUUAUUUGUGUUUUGAUGAGUUUUUCAUAUUCCCUAUGGCCA